GGCUUCAACUGUCAAAUACUCGCUCCACUGGGGCACGUCCAUCUGCUCCUCUUUUAUUAAAUUCCUGGUGUUUAGGGACCAAUGGAGAAAGCAGCCAGGUCAUACACACACCCCUUCGCUCGGUACUUCACACACAUAGUUGCGCUCGGGAGCGCACACACACACACACUCACGCACAAGCACACCCCGCUGGAGGCUGUAGAACAUAAAGUGCCAUAUAAGGGCAUGCUGAUGAUGUAAUGCUCCAUAGGCUGCGAGCGUGCGGCGAGCGUAUCUCUUAUUGUUUGGCUCCUCCGCUGGAAUGUCCACUUCGAGGGAUCCGAGAGACACGGGCGCGCGGCAUCAGGGCCAGCUUUGACCUGCGGGGCUGUACGAAGGCGUGCUGCAGACUCAAACUGCUGAUUGAUCAGGAGAAAGCAUAUCAGGAGAGGAAGGAAGAAGAGAACAACAAGAAAAUCAGCAACCUAAAACAGGAGCUAACGAAGCUGAAGUCUUUCACGUUGCUUGUCGUGGACGAACAGCAGCGUCUGACGGAGCAGUUGGGCCAACAGAGCGCAAAGGUCCAGGAGCUGAGCACCACUGCUGAACAGGCACACGAACAGCUACGCUCUGCCCUUGCCAGGAGCCAGGAGGAGGAGCACAAGGUGUUCCGUCUGGAGGCGGAGCUGCGUGACCAAGCCUGCCGCUUCCACCAGGAGCAGGAGGCCAUGACUGCAAAACUGACCAACGAGGAUGCCCAAAACCGGCAGCUCCGACAAAAACUAGCUACUUUGAGCCGACAGCUAGAUGAGCUGGAAGAGACCAAUAAGACCCUUCGGAGAGCUGAGGAAGAGCUUCAGGACCUCCGGGACAAGAUCAACCGCGGCGAGUGUGGGAAUUCUAGCCUGAUGUCAGAGGUGGAGGAACUGCGCAAAAGAGUGCUAGAGAUGGAGGGGAAGGAUGAGGAGCUGAUCAAGAUGGAAGACCAAUGCCGGGACCUCCACAAAAAACUGGAGAAGGAGUCGAGCCAGGCUCGCAGCCUCAGAGCAGAAGUUGAAAAGCUAAAUCGCAGGAUAAUGGAGCUAGAGAAGCUAGAAGACGCAUUCAGCAAGAGCAAACAGGAGUGCUGCUUGCUCAAAUGCAACCUGGAGAAAGAGAGGAGUGUGACAAAACACCUAUCGAACGAGCUAGACUCCCUGAAAGUAAGGAUCAGAGAACUGGAAGCCAUUGAGGGUCAGCUGGGGAAGACAGAACUCACACUGAAGGAGGACCUCACCAAGCUCAAGACACUGACUGUUAUGCUGGUGGACGAGAGGAAAACAAUGGCUGAGAAGCUCAAGCAAAUGGAGGACAAGCUCCACAACAGUACAGGUAAACUGCAGGCCGAACAGGACAAAGUGACAUCGGUGACUGAAAAACUUAUUGAGGAAAGCAAAAAAGCGUUAAAGUCCAAAGCAGAGCUUGAGGAGAAAAUGUACAGCACCACCAAAGAGAGAGAUGAUCUUAAGGCCAAGCUGAAAGCCGAAGAGGAGCAGAACAGUGACCUGCAAUCCAAAGUCAGCAUGAUGAAGAAGAGGCUGCAGUCACUGGAAGCUGUGGAGAGGGAGUUCCUCAAGAACAAAGCAAAGGAGGAGAACAGCAAAGUGCCAGCUGUAAACCGCUUUCACCAAGAAGACAAUAAAGUGAAAGACCUCACACAGGAAGUAGAGAGACUCAGGCGAAAACUUAAAGAGAUGAAGGUGGUUGAGGACGACCUGCUAAAAACUGAGGACGAAUUUGAGUCUCUGGAAAAAAGAUAUUCCAACGAACAAGAACGCAUAAAGGCUCUAACGGAAGAACUAGAGAUAUCAAAGAAGGAACUCUCAAAAUACCAGCUGGCAGAAAAGGCAGAGUCCAACCAGGAGCACAUACUUUAUAAGCGACUAAAAGAGGAAGAGGCUAAGUCCAGCCAUCUGAGCAGAGAGGUGGAAGCUCUGAAAGAGAAGGUCCACGAAUACAUGACCACAGAGGACUCCAUCUGUCGUAUGAAAUCAGAACAUGCCUUGCUGCAGAGAAAAUUCACACAGCAAGAAGUGAGGAACAAAGAACUAGCAAGGGAGAUGGAAAACCUGACCAGAGAGCUGGAGAGAUACCGUCGCUUCAGCAAAAGCCUCAGACCGGGAAUGAACGGCAGGCGCUUUUCGGACUUGCACGUCUCCACGAAGGAGGUUCAGACAGACCCAGUGGACAGUCAGCCCCCUGCUUACAAAUCUCUGGCUCCCUUGGAAAGGGCAGUGGUGAACGGGAAACUUUAUGAGGAAAGCGAUCCAGAAGAUGACCCCAAUUACAAUACUGAGCUUCCCGUCAGUAAACGCAGCCCUUCUCUCAUCAGCAAUGCAAAUAACAUCAAUAACAACAUCCGGAGAUCCAGAGUCCCUUUCGCUAAGUGCAAGGAGAGCCUACAAGUGAACGGGAAAGUGAUACCCAGACAGAAUGGGAAUCACAUUCAGCAGGGAGAUGUGGUAGUGACUCAUUCAGCAGGGCAGCCCCUGCACAUCAAGGUGACCCCAGACCAUGGGCAAAAUACAGCCAUGCUGGAGAUUACCAGCCCCACAACAGAAAAUGCCCAUUCUUAUACCAGCACGGCAGUCAUUCCUACCAGUGGCGGCACACCGAAACAAAGGAUCACCAUCAUCCAGAAUGCAGCCAUCUCCCCACCUUCCAAAACCAAAGGAUCAUCUUCAUCAGAUGGAUUCUGUUCUCCUGACCGUGCCAUCUCCCCCCUCACGAUGACCACCUACACCAGAACUACCACUCCAGACUCUUCCGGGUCCAUAUCAGCAGACAGGGCCAUGUCGCCGAUCCAGAUAGUUUCCGUCACAACUGGCACUCCGGAGCGGUCCUUAUCAGCAGAGCCAGUGGAGAUCGUAGGAGGGCACGCAGUCUUCCGGGUCACGCCAGAGAGACAGAACAGCUGGCAGCUGCAGAGAUCUAACAGUUCUGGCUCCAGCGUCAUCACCACAGAGGACAAUAAAAUCCACAUCCAUUUAGGAAGCCCCUACAUUCAGGCCAUAAACAGCACAUCCAGACCCAUAAGUCCGAGCUUCUCCCCCAGCCAGGAGCACAGAACUCCAGUAUUAACCAAUGGUGUCCCUGCUAAAGGCGGAAACAAAGUUAAAAGUAGCAUCACUAUUACGCCCACCACCUCCCCAAUUCCGAGACCAUCACAAAUUACCGUAAGUAACCUUUAUGAAUGACCCAUCCCCAGUUGAAAACCCUCCCCCAAAACUGAACCUCCGCCAUCCCGUGCCCGACUUCCAGUCGAUCCCACCCAGCCUGCUCCUUGUUUUUAAGUAACACCCUAACAUCUUCCUCCAUCCACCCUGACCAUGCCUCAAGAAUCCUGCAAAAGCACUUCCUUUUUGUUGCCGUUACUGUUUGUGAUGUAUGUGUGCAUGCAGUUUAACUAUUACAAAAACAAGGCAAACAUAUAAAAGCACUAUCAAUUUUAUGUUCUCUCCCAGGUAAACUCACAUGUGCACUUACUGUAUAUGCUCAAGCAACCAUGUACCAAAAUUAUUCACCGAUGUACUGUUUUUUUUGUUACACAAGUAGGAUCUUGUUAAUAAGCAUUUUCUUUUUCUAUGGAUUGAAAUAAGUAAAAGUUGGAAUAUGUAUUAUUUUCAUUACUCUUGUCUGACAUUUUUUGUUAGAAUCUUUAGUUUUAAAUGUGUUACAAUGCAGUGUGCCCGAUCUAUAUUUUCCUAC